UCCACUUCGAUCCAGGUUAGAGUUUUCCCGGCUCAGAAAUAGAGGCAAUAUGAGAGCUCACAGGUGCUCUCUUUCCCCRGGUAGCAUUUUGCCAAGGGUGAACAUCCCUUACAAUGGCAUUUUCUUAUUUCCAGUUUUUAGCUUCUCCAGACCCUUCCUUCUGUCUGCUCUUCAGCCCAGCUGCUGUUCUUGAUAUUGCAGCUUCUGCCUUGGUGACAGACAGGGGGAGUGCGGGAGGAACAACGUUUGCUUGACGGCAUCUUGACAUUGUUGGCUCCUUAGGUGUGUUCUUGCAAGUGUCCCUGUCGGAAUUUCAAGGUGGGAAAUAAAUUGGUAUCAGGUGCUGUUUUGUCUCUGGAUAGCAAUGCAAUUUUUUCCUGCAGUGCUUGGUCACAUGGCGUUCCUGAACGUGAAUGACCUGAAGGCAAAUUUUGGGAGGAACUUCACCCUAAGACCUUGGGCUGCCUGCGGACCAUGCCACUAUCACAUUAUUGUUGCUCAAUAAUCAGUUGGCCUGGACAUUUCAUUGCGUAAACAUAAAUAUAUUGUAAAAUCUUAAACUUUGCCCCACACAUACUGCUUGUUUCUCUCCUGUUCUUAUCGUUAACAGGGGAUUUAAUCAGGAAAAAAACUGUGUUAAAGGAAGCGACUGGGAUUURUAGUGCGGGAACGCUCGGCCUGGCUGCUGUGUGUGUCGCUCAGUUGUGCACUGCUGGCUCUUGUACUUGGGCUCUUCCAUCAGCGGCCAUGGAGCUUACGACCAGUGAACUCAGCAUUUAUGACAAGCUCUCCGAGACGAUAGAUCUGGUGCGGCAGACUGGCCACCAGUGUGGGAUGUCAGAAAAAGCCAUUGAGAAAUUUGUCAAGCAGCUCUUGGAAAGAAAUGAACCCCAAAGAGGACCUCCACGGUACCCUGUCUUAGCAGUUCUCUACAAGGCCUUGCUCAYGCUGGGGCUGCUCUUGCUCACCGUUUACUUCGUGAUCCAGCCGUACAGCCCGUUGCCAGCCGAAGCGCCGCUCACCAGAGCCCACGCCUGGGGCUCCCUCGUCGCUCACAUCCGCCUGCUCUCCCUGCCUAUUGCCAAGAAGUACAUGCUCGAGAAAUGCCAGGACUGGUGGGCCGCAGGCUGCCGGCAGAACAGCUCCGCRCUUGCUGCAAACUGCACAGCCUGCUCUGCUGUGAGGAGCCUCCCGAUAGUGGCAGACUUCGGAGAAGUAUCAGAAAAGCUCCAGACGUCUCAGCCUUUUCUAGUGAAGACAGGACAGUAUCUUUCUUAUGAAGAGCUAAAGCAUUUUCAGUCCCAGGACCCAGAACUGGCAGAGGUUAUAAUAGAAGAACAUUCAGCUGAGCUGUGGAGCUGCCUUCCAAGACAGAGCUUCCCGUUUUUCUUUCCCUGGAACAAGUCUCUGAAUAAAACUCGGAUUCUGCAGGAAUUUUUCCCCGCUUCCUCUCUACUGUCCUUCCCUAAGUCAGUGUCUCUGGAGAGCUGCUUCCUCAUCCGCCAUCCAGAUUUAGGGAAUAAGAGCUACAGUUUGCACAGCCUGUUUGUUGUUGGAAGUGGACAGCUCACGCUAACUGUCGUGCCUCUGGACAAGUGUAGAGGACACUGCAAGAUGUUCGAGGUGGAGCUGGAGGCUGGAGAUUUCGGUUUCGCCAGUGCGGAUUACUGGACCAUGAGCUUCACUGCCAAAGGGACAGAGCCUGCGGUUGUCUGCGAUGGAGCUGCUAGCUAAGGACGGUGGGGAGGGAAAACUGAGCUGCUUCCAGGACAAGAAGACUUUCAGCUUUGCAGCCAAAGCACCAUCUGGAAAGCRGUCGAGCCAGGGCGAUGGGGCAGGCAGCUUUGCCACCCUGCAUGUUUACAGUGUUUCCAAAAUGACUGUUUUCCUGACCUGUAAGGUAAAUCUUUGCCUUUCCUCAGAUAAUUUUUGGGAGAAGCUCRAGCUGCUUGUGUCCUUCCCUGUCCCCUCAGGUAUGCCCUGGGUUUGCAGCUAAGGAUUUUUUUUGCAGAAGCAUCAGAGGAAUUUCUCAGGAUGAGAUUCACCUUGUGUCCUUUGUGGAUUGUGGCACUUCCGAAGCUUUUGGGAAGGGUAGGGGCACAGGGAGUGUGUGACACUUCUGUGUUCCUGCCUCUUGGGCUUGGAGCUGCCGUGUAAAGGGAAUGCACUGGUGACGUGUCCCCMCUCUGCCCCGUCUCUCUGUUGCAUCCGUAGCCAUGUGCCUCAACAGAGCGCCCUGCAGAGCCCAUCUCGGCUCCGUGCCCCCGGGCUGGAGCGAGCCUUACAGCGGAGACCUCCCCUGCAUCCUCCUCUCACCAAAUGACUCUGUUGGGGCCUCUCUGUGUCUUGUGCUCACUCUUCUGUGCUGCUCUAUGAGGAGGUUGUAGGUGAGUUGGAUGGAAACGGUGCUUUUUUUGCCCCCCCAUCCCCUUUCCUGCAAAAAUACCAAGGCAGGUGCCAGGUCGUGGUGCUGAGAGUGCAGUCAUUUUGAAUGGACACAGAGCCAGGUACAGAGAAGCUCUUCACAAGUUUUGUCAUCCGUUUGUGCUCCUAAAGCACCAGCUUAUCCAUUUUCAUAUAUCCCUUGCUGGAAGAGGUGCUGGCCACAUUUCCUGCCUGGGAUCCAUGUGGCAGCACCUGAAAGCUUCCUCAUUCCUGGCUUGUUUUGCACCGACUCCUUCCAGACCCGAAACCCUGUGUUCAGAGCAAAUGGUGGUUUUUCCCGAGUCCCUUCCAAGCUGCCUCUGCAUGCUUCCUGUUGCUUGAGCACUGCUGUGCGCAGUGCCCUGAGAGAGGCUCCGUUUUGGUGUCCACAGGCUGCGGGUGCUGUGGGCCCUUCCAAGUUUGAUCCUUUGGGUCUGGUCCUGCUGCAGAAGAUCGCUUACAGAUGUGGCGGGCUGAACUCCCAGGCCAGGGCUGGGGCUCAGGACAUCCUCUCACACUUGUUAAUAUGGAACUGGGAGGGGUUUUGUUUGAAAGCAAGUGAAUUCUGUUCUCAGGAGCAAGGACCUUUUCCUUUGUAAGUGUUUUACGUACAUGUGGAAUGACAGAGUGGGAAAACGUCUCCCCAGCCAUGGGAGUUUUUGAGGGAAGGGGAGGAGGCGUUUUUCAUCGAGACCAGAAGAAUGGGAGCAGACUUUGUGUUUAUUAAUCUUAGUAGAGUCUGGCAAAAGCUGCCAAAUGGGAUGACCACGUCUGGCUCCCGUGCAAAGAUAAGACAGAGGAGGUUCCUGCUCCAAACAAUUUGGUUGGAGGCCUUGACACUGCAAACAUUUCUAUGCAUAACCCUUGUGUUUUUCCUGUUAAGGGAGGAGAGCACCCCCAGCACCGUGUCAAUCUGUGUGUUUGGCCCUUGAAAYUGGGCAAACAUGCACCAGAUCUAGCAGAACCAAAGGGAGGGAGUUUAACUCUCUUAGAGCAGAGAAAGGACUCAUUUAAUUGGUAGCAGUCUUAAAGGGAAUUGGAUUAAUAAGAUUUGUGUUAGUGUAGUUACUGCUUGGGGUGUGUUUUACACUGCAUGCAAUGCUGUACAUGCCAAGAGCCACGCACCCCUCUUCUCUCUUCUUAAAGUGUGGAUUGGAUCUUAGUUAAUGGAAAGUCGGGAGUGCAGCGAUGGUGGGAUUAGGUCCUCUGUUAGUGACCGUUGCUGUUUACGCUUUGGCAGCUGCUCAAGCUGAAUCCAAAGGCAGUCAGGGUUACUUCACCUCUCACUCGUUUUGUACCUGAUGCAUUUCUGUAAAGUACUUGGUGAGGCACACGGAGAACCUGCUGGACCCUUUACUACGGAGAUUGCGGGUGGUUUGGUGAUGCCGUUAUUUCGAAGUGUCCUUGAAUGUAACUUGCAAAAGAGCUGCAGGGACAACGUCUGUGAGAUGUCUGUAGUUUGAGAGUCACUCUUGAGUCGCACUUAAGGCACUGGGGCUGCUUGGCUGCUUUGGGGAAGAAGCAGAGGGAAUUGAUCUAUUUGCAGUUGCUGUUUGGACUGGGGAGGGUUCCAGGGCAGGUUUGUGCCCCCUUAGAAGUGCUCUCCCUUAUGGCUUCUCCUGUGCUCAACGUGUUGCAGCUGGUUGGACUGAAGAUGGUGAGUCUGGACUGUUUGCGGACCAGCUUUCCAAGUGCACUUUAUGGUCUCUGCCUAAGUUUCCAGAUCUGUGUCUAGGCGAUACAUUGCAUAUGUCCCAACCUUGCUCCCUCUGGAGUUUACAUCAUUUGUUUUUAAACUUCCAGUAUAUUUUCCCUUCCUCUUCCAAAACCUGUAAGGAAUUAGCUGCUAAACUAAAACAGGAGGGCAAUUGUCCUGCUGAUAAAGAGCUGAUCUUGGCCGUGGCCGCUGUUGAGUGCGGAACCCCAACCUGCAGCGCAGCUUCUAGAGCAGCUCCUGUUUUCAGCUGCCAGAGGAGUUAGUGCAGAUGCCUUUUGUAUUGCAGCGUGGGCUUUGCAUUUGCAUUUUGCAAUGCAAAAAGCAGCUUUCACAUCAUAGCCAAAUGGCUGCAAGUGAGCCYUUGGCCACCUUGCCUGCUCCCAGCAGGUCUUUUUCUGGGGCUUCAGCUUUGCUCAGCCUUUCCAAAGGCUACAAGAGGCUGUUGCUCUUCCCAAAGAGCCAGCCACCUCCUGGUGAUCCACUGAGGUUUGAACCAAAUGGAGAGAAUGUGAUUAUUUACUUUCAGGGCAUCGCGGUGACAAAACGUGAUGAGUCACAGAUGGCGAGCGUCAUGUUGUCUCCCUCGCCUCUAGCUUCAUUAACACAUUUUCUAUAUGCACAAGUGCCAGUUUUAGACAAUCCCCCACCCUAGCCAGCUCAAGGAAGUGCCCAGCUGAACUGGGCAUCCUGUCUUUUGGGAUCUGUUGGAUGCUUCCGAGCUCUUGGCCGGUGAGCUGGGAGGCAGCUCACAGCCCAGAGGCUGCAGAGCUGCUAUGAAAUCGCAGCUGCURUGAAUAUCGAGCUCAGAAAUUGGUACUGCCCGAGAAGCUCAUGGGCAGAGAAGGUGGAAGGAUCGUUUCUGAACCGGUCGGUGUGGAAAGAUGGGCUGCCCCAUGGGUAACAGCGUUGUGGUCUAGAGCUGGUUUCCAAAAACAGGUCAUUGACUUGCUGUUGGUGACUCCUGAACUCAGGGUGACUGGAAAGGCAGAGGAAGGAGUAUAUAUUGCCUCCUUGGGUACCAGGAAAUCACCAUUCYUAUGGGGGCUCAGUUCCCGGUUCCUCUGGAGUUGUCACUGAUAUUGCACACAGAAAUCCCCGCUGGGAUCCCCAUUGCAGCCUCAAGAUCCCUUUGCAGCACCCAGGAGAGCUCUGCAGGACGAGGUUUCCCUGGGGUCGCAGGCCUUUAGCUUCUCUUGCUGUACCAGGCUGGCAAAGAAAAUGGUUUUACUGCCAGGCUGGAUCUGAGCAGCUCCCCUCUCGCCCCUGGCUGCUGAGCAGCAAAUGCCACCCCUCUUUUUGCAGCAAGUAAAAGGGGUUUUUGCACCCCUCUUCUGCUCCCUCUCAGUGGGAGAAGGCACCGCAAGAGGAGCUGGAGGACGGGAGAUCCUGCCCACAUCUCCGCAAGGCGCCCCUUUGGUGAGCAAGCUCUUAAGUCUUUCCUGCUCCCAUCAGUAAUUCCGCUCCCGGGAGCGAGGCYGGCAGGGUUGCUCUGCUCCCGGGCUCCUUGGCUCCCCUUGAGCUCAAUGGCCCCCCCAGGAACCCACCAAGCACUUUUGGGGGUCAGGAGGCAGUUUCGGCAGGUGUAGGGAGAGCGCUCGCUUCCUGGAGACCAACCUUUUCACAUUUACAGCUCUAUAGUCUCCUCU